ACAUUAGAAUUGUCAUAAUCUAUGAGCUCCCAAAAAUGGUUGCAACUGUUAACUUUCAAUAAAGUUAUAACUACUCCUCUAAAUAGCCAAAGCAAGAUUUUCUUUCUUUCCUUUGUCCUCUAUAACCUAACCUUAAAUUCUUGAAUCUAUCAAUCUUCUGUGUAAGUGAUUCUUUCUUUUUCUUUUUCUUUUUCUUCUUUCAAUGGAAGGUUUUAGAUCCAAGUCUUGCAGAGAUGGAAGGAUGCAAAUAGAGGAAUACUAUGGAGGCAACAGCAGCAAAGCAGCACCCACAAGCAUGCAAGAUUUAAGGUCUUAUAGUGUAAGCUAUGCAGGUUCUACAGUACAACAACCAAAUCCGUUUGGGAAAGAAUUGAAGAUCAAGAAAGGGAAAAGCAAUAAUAAUAUUGGGUCAUCUUCAAAAAGCUGGAGUUUUAAGGAUCCUGAAUUGCAAAGGAAAAAAAGAGUUGCUAGCUAUAAGGUUUAUGCUGUGGAAGGCAAAAUGAAAGGUUCUUUAAGAAAGAGCUUCAGGUGGAUCAAAGACACAUAUACUCAAGUGGUUUAUGGAUGGAGAUGAUCGAAGUUAAGCAUUUCCACAUUCCCACAUUUCUUGUUCAAGAAAAACAAAGAAAAAGAAAAAAGAAACACUUUCUUUAUUGUGUUUUUGUGUGUUUUCUUUUCUUGUAAUGGAUAUUGGGAGAGGCCAAGAUCUGAUGUAUUUCUCUUAUUAAAAUCUAUAAAUGUUACUUAAGUUUAUAGUAUUGUUGUUGA